AUGACGUUAUCACUCGCCGUCACGGUUUUCACGUGUUUCACCAUUCUUUCCCCUCCAACCAUGGCCACAAAUACCGAUAUAACGCACCUCAUCCGCGAAUUCAACGAAGAAUGUGAACGCGACAUCGCGUUGAAAGGCACCGCCCAAGAGCAAAAGAUUGUCGCCAAAUAUUGUCAUCCCACCGCCGCUGACCGCCUACGAAGAGCGGAAGACGGGUUGCGCUGUCUGCAAGACAGUCGUCAGCGAGUUCCUGCCAACGCGCGUGACAAAGAAAACGCCACUACUGUACCACUUCCACGGGACCCUGUCUUCGAGGCCGCUGUCGGCGAGUUCAACACUGCUGAAGUCUUGGAACGACAGGCGCGACUGGCCGUACAAAAGGCCAUUGAGACCCAAAGUGAGGCUGCAGAUCGGGUGGUAAUCUGCCGAGGUGUCGUCCAGCAACAUGUCGCUCGCAAGAAGCAAGAACGCGAGACGUAUGCAGCUCAGAAGAAGGACGCGUUGGCACUGCGCGAGCGGGUUCAACGCCUGGCGGGAAAGGCUCGGACGGAAUUUGUUCAAAGUAUCGAGGGCUUGGACGACGAGAGCAUUGUGGAGGCAUUGGUUGGCGAGUCCAGCAGUGAUGACGAUGAUGAUGACCGGGACCGGGACCGGGACCAGGACCACGACCGCGACCGGGACCACGACCACGACGACAACCACAAUGACCAUGACGAAGUCAGUACCAAACAAGAAGAUCAUAACAUCACUGGUAGUAGUCGUCACCAAGGUCGUUCCGUCAAUGAACCAAAAGAAGAUCACGUUAUCAAAAAGAUUGCCAAAGCAGUGGACAACAAGAAGCCUUCUGCUCAUGCGGCGCUCGAGCCAACGGAAAGCAGCAGGCCGUCGUCAGCGCUUUCCACGGUCAUCGCUGGAAAAAACGCUCAUCACGAGCUUUCCGCCACCGCCAGUGUCGAAGAGAACGAAAACACCCAAGAAGGGGACGAACCUGAGACUCCUGGUCUUGGAAUGUCUCCAGUCACGCCAAAGACCAACGACUCGCAACAAUUUCCAACAACGCCAGCCACGAGCGUCAGUGAGGACGACACUACUGGCAAGGAUGCGAGCUACUUUCCUGGUGGAGAGCCCAAAGGCAUUGAUCCGACAUCUCUUUUUGUCGGCGGCCUCGAUGCCAUCGUGUGA